CUUUCAACUUUUUUAAGCUCAAUCACAAGCACUAAUCUUGAUUACUUAAACUAGUUAUACAAGAUUUUUCCCAAAAGCCUAUUGGUAUGCUUCUAAAAAGCAAUACACAUUACACACCACAUCCAUAUAAGUAUAGAACACAUAGUCACAUCCUGCAUACUUUUUAGCCACACAACGACGAUGGAAUAUUUCAUUAAAGCGACAAACUUUAUUCUUAUUUUUAUUGUUCUGGUUCUUCCAUAUAUUAGUGCUUCAUCUCAAGUACGUAUUGACAAAGACAGCACAAUGCUAAAAGAUCAUCAAUUGUCGUUGCAGAUAGUUGUUCAUGGGUUUUUUCUUUGGGCUUCAAUGGGUUUCUUGAUUCCAAUCGGGAUUUUGACUAUUAGAUUGUCAAAUGGAGAAGAACGUGGAAGAAGAACACGAAUUUUGUUCUUUAUACAUGCUGUUACUCAGAUACUAUCAGUGAUUCUUGUGACAGCAGCAGCAAUACUGUCUGUGAGGAAUUUCAGCAAUGAUUUCAACAACAUGCAUAGGAGAUUAGGCGUAGCCCUUUACGGGUUUGUAUUCUUGCAAGCACUUAAUGGAAUUUUACGUCCAUCAAGGGACAAUAAAAGACGAAGUCUGUGGUUUUUUGCACAUUGGUUUCUAGGAACCUCGGUUUCCCUAUUAGGGAUAAUUAACGUAUAUACUGGGCUACAUGCAUACCAGAAUAGAACAUCAAGAAGUAUAGCACCCUGGGUCAUCUGUUUCACAGCUGAAAUUGUUUGUAUCGGGUCCUUCUAUUUGUUUCAAGAGAAGUGGGAAUAUAUAUUGAAGCAAGGGGUCACUCCAGUAGAUGAACCUGCAAUCACGAUACAACCAACUGCUAAUCAAGAGGUUUUGGCAAAACAAAACAGGAAUCUGUGUUGAUUAAAACUCUAUGGAACUGGCCGAGUAUUGUUUAUUGAAUUGUUCAUAUGUGGUACGUAUCAAGGAUGUUAAGAAAACCUAUGAACGUAGCUUAGCAAUUUUUUCUAACCGUUUGGGAUUGUGAUUGAUAAUAGAGGUUUGAGAAACGGUUUGAUAUUAUCAUUCAUCAAUUAUUGUAAUAUCUCUCUCGUUUCUUUCCGUAUAAAUAUAUGCUUGUUCCCUUUCGACA